AUGGCAACCCACCUGGGACCCCGACUUCCGUCAACCACCCCUAUCGAACUUGGGGAAGUCUCCCUCGAGCGGGUUACCCGCCUCCUCCUUGGCCUCCUUAGCCAAGUCAAGAACCUCAAGCAAAAGCUUGAAGAAGUCAAGGAAACGGGGAUCAAAACCCAAACCAACGUCGAAAACAUAUCCCAAACCGUCGAUGUUCCCCCGGUCGUGGAAGCAACGCCACGCCCCCUACAAAAAACCAAGCCUAUUGGAUUGGUUAGUGGGCCCUCCUUCUGGCCCGAGCAACCAAAGGGGCUCCCCAGCUUCGCCCAACCAGCCCCCCAGAGGGCCAUACCCCCGCGAGUCCCUUCUCCCCUUCUAUCUCCGCGUCUCCGAUCCCCCAUCGGAGCAUCUGCCCCUCCACCUCCGGCUCCAGCCGUCACCUAUCCUGCCCCAGUCAAAGUAGACCACCCAGAUGCCUAUACAGGCAAGAUCAGGAGUGAAGCCAAACAGUGGCUCACAAGGAUGUUGGCCUGGACCCGGCUGAAUUUGCGCAUGUUCCCCACGGACCAAGAAGUCCUAUCCUUCCUUCUGAUGAAUAUGAAGGAUUCCGCAGGGGCAUGGGCACACCCACACCUUGACCAGCUCGGAUCACACCGGGCCAUCAUCCAAACGGUCGAGGGAUUCAAAAUGGAGUUCCUAGCAGCAUUUGGCAACCCUGACGCCACAAGGGCCGCCGAGCGGAAAAUCACCACUCUUACCCAGUCCGGCACAUGCGCGGACUACAUCACAAAGUUCAGAACCUUAGCUAUGGAACUGGACUGGAACGACGCGGCCCUCCAAGGCCAGUUCGCCCGUGGCCUCCACUGGGAGGUCAGCCGCCAAAUUGCCACCCGCAAGCACCGACCCCGCACCCUCCUCAAGCUGCAAAACGCAGCACUUGUCAUUGAUAAUGCUCUCCGUGAAGAACGUGCUAGUCACCCACCAAGGGACAGUAAAUCUAGCAAAGCAUCCAACCCCGCAAGGGGGACGAGUACCAGCCAAGCCACAACUGGUUCGAAGAAACUCUCCGACGACCCCAACUUUGUGUCGGAAGAAGAACGCAAUUGCCGCCGCGCCGCAGGCGCCUGCAUCAAGUGCGGCAAAAUGGGUCACAAGUUUGCGGAAUGCCGCACGGGCUGGAAAGCCACCCCUAUUGAGGACAAGGGGAAGGCUAAGGAAGCCGCCAAAAUUGGCAAAGACUCUGAGUACCAAUCGGGAAAAGAAAUUACCCCACUCUUCACAAUUCCAAUACAGCCAGAGAAAAAAGCGGAAUCAAUAGAAGUCCUGAUAGAUUCAGGCGCUACAUCAUCAUUCUUACAUCCCCGUACCGCGGAAUCACUCCGCCUCCCACUCAUCGAUCUCCCUUUACCCCGUACCGUUACUAUGCUUGAUGGGUCGAGCCCCCAGGCAGGAAAAAUCUGGAAGAAGGCAGUACUUACCUUCACCUAUGAUGGCAAAAAGAUGACGGAAACCUUCCUCAUCUGUAACACCGGCAGUCACGCGGCCAUCCUAGGUUUGAAAUGGUUAGACGCCCACAACCCGGAAAUAGAUUGGAACACGCGCACCCUCUCCUUCCCACACACUCCGCCAGAACACAUAGCCAUUGCCGAGGAAGAAGAAGCUGACCCAAACCCUUUAGAAGGAGUACCCUCCAAGUACCAUCAAUACGCUAAGGUAUUUGGAGAAGAAGAAUUCAACCAGCUUCCUCCCCAUAGGCACUACGACAUAGGGAUCAAACUCACAGAAGAAGGCCCGCUUAACUUGCCUCUCUAUAGUAUGACCAAUGCCGAAUCCGCCACACUCAAGGAUUGGCUCAGGGACGAGCUCAAGGCUGGGAAGAUCCGCCCCAGCAAAUCACCCAUCAGCUCCCCGGUCAUGUUUGUCCCCAAGAAGGAUGGCUCCUGCCGCCUAGUAGUGGACUAUUGUUGUCUGAACAACCGGACUAAAAAAAAUGUGUACCCACUGCCCCGUCCUGACGACCUAAUGGCCCAACUCCGCGGCGCCAAGGUCUUCACCAAAUUAGAUCUAAGGUGGGGUUACAAUAAUGUCCAGGUCAAGGAAGGCGACAAAUGGAAAACAGCCUUCCGCACAAAGUACGGUCUCUACGAGUCCCUGGUAAUGACUUUUGGUUUGACAAACGCCCCUGCUGCCUUUCAGCACUUCAUGAACAAAUUGUUCAAGGACCUCCUGGAUCACGUUCAUGAAGUCCUAUGGCGCUUAAUGAAUAACCAAUUGUUCUGUAAAGCAUCCAAGUGUACAUUCCACGUCACCUCAGUAGAGUAUCUAGGAAUAAUUGUAUCAGAUAAGGGAUUCAGCCUGGAUAAGCUCAAAAUCCAGGCGGUCCAAGAAUGGCCUACACCCACUAAGGUCAAAGAAGUACAAUCAUUCCUGGGUUUCGCCAAUUUCCUACGCCGCUUUGUUGCCAACUUUAGCCAUAUGGCCAGGCCAUUACAUAACCUGGUCAAAAAGGACGUACCAUGGAGAUGGGAUACUAGGGAGCAAGAAGCAUUCCAAGGGUUAAAGGACGCCAUUACCAACGCGCCAGUACUGUGUCACGCUGAUCCUGCCAAACCGUACUUCUUGGAGACGGACGCCUCAGGAGCAGCACUAGGAUCUAUACUUAGCCAACGGCAGGAAGACGGACGCCUACAUCCUCUUGGCUUCUUGUCAGAAUCAUUCAAGGGGGCUGAGCAAAAUUACGACACACACAAUAAGGAGCUCCUAGCGAUCAUUCGCUCCUUUGAGUAUUGGCGUAUAUUCUUGGAAGGCACUGCACAUCCCAUUACUGUCUUCACGGACCACCGCAACCUGGAGUAUUGGAAGGAGUCCCAUACAUUCAACCGACGUCACGCCAGAUGGCAUCUACUACUAGCCGGGUACAACUUCCAGAUUGUCUACCGUCCGGGGAAACAAUCAGGGAAGCCAGACGCACUCUCACGCCGAUCGGACCAUGCCAAUAUACCACCUGCCGACCAGACUAUGCUCCCCAACCCUGUCUUUGCCAACGUAGCCCUAGUCACGCCUGAGAAGGAACUCCAGCGCCAAAUCAAAGCCGCCCUAGACCAAGACAAAUCCUUGGAGGAAAUAUUACAGUUCCUCCAAAACGAGUCUAAGGCACCCCCAUCCAUCAAGCGCACCUUCAAAGAUUACCAAAUGGAGGCAGGGCUCCUUUUCUACCAGGGACAAAUUGUGGUACCAGAUGUUAGCACCCUGAGAACAGAUCUCCUCCAAAUCUUCCAUGAUAGCCCCCUAGCAGGGCACCCUGGGAGGCAACGAACGCUGGAAUUGGUUUCGAGGAAUUACUACUGGCCCGGCAUCCGAGCGGAUACAUACUGGCACGUGGAUUCCUGCAAAACCUGCCAAAGAAUCCGGAAGCCAAAAUACGCUCCCAUCCCCCCGCAACCACUAGAACUCCCAUCAAGGCCCUGGCAACAUAUCUCUUACGACAUGAUUGUUGACUUACCCAAAGACGGCAAUAGCGAUUCCAUCCUGGUCAUUGUGGACAGUUUUACCAAAUACGCUAUCUUGGUGGAAUGUUCCAAAAAACUCAAAGCACCAGCGCUAGCGGACCUAUUCUUACAACACGUCUGGAAGCGAUACGGUAUGCCCGAGAAAACAGUGUCAGAUCAUGGGAGGGUAUUCAAUAACAAAUUCCUCAAAGCCCUGUACCAGCGGUUAGGAAUAGACCCUCAUUUUUCCUUGGCCUACCACCCCCAGAGUGACGGGCAGACAGAACGGGUGAAUCCUACGGUUGAACACUUCUUACGGGCUUACUCAGGAGUCAAUCAAAGGGACUGGGUUAAAUGGUUACCGAUGGCAGAAUUUGCCUACAAUAACGCAGUACAUAGCAGCACUGGCAAAUCCCCAUUUAAGGCUCUGUAUGGUUGGGAACCUACCUUAACCCCAUCCAACGUCCCAACAGAUGUGCCGGAAGCCGAUGAACUUGCUGAGGCAAUGGAAGCUCAAUGGAGGGAAGUAGAAGCUGCUCUACGGCAAUCCAAGUCACGAAUGGUUGCCGGAGAAACAGGAAGCCCGGUGGAAUUUGAGGUGGGAGAAGAAGCUUGGCUGGACGCCAAAAACGUCAGACUCAAAACCCUAAGUCCCAAGUUAACGGAACAAAGGCUAGGACCCUUUAAGGUUAUUGAGAAGAUCUCCGACCAAGCAUACCGACUUGAACUUCCCCCAACAAUGCAAAUCCACGACGUCUUCUACGUGGGAUUAUUAUCCAAAGUCAAAAGGGACAGUAGUAGAACCUUUGAAAAUUGCCCGCCACCAGUAACCGUGGAUGGGGAAGAGGAAUACAAGGUCGAGGGCAUCACAGACGCAGAGGAGCGGGAUGGAAAAUGGUUCUUCAGGGUCAAGUGGAAAGGAUACGGGUCAGAAGAAAACACGUGGGAACCCCGGGAAAACCUAAAAAACGUGGAGAAAAUUUUAGAAAAGUACAAAAAGGAAAUGAAAAAGAAGGCCCUUGGCGCUGCCAAGGCCCUUAGAGGGGGGGCAGUGUCGUAG